GUGUAUAUAUGUAUAUGAAAGAAUGCCGCAACAAGUCAUUCGUUACUCGACUUUUUAGCAGAAAAGAUGUUCGACGUGAGGGAAACUGUUGCGAUUGUGACCGGCGCUUUAGGCGGCAUCGGUCGAGAACUUGUUAAAAGUUUGCUCAAGAGGAACGCCAGGGGCGUCGUACUUCUGGAUAUCGUAGAUGAAAACGAAGAAUUCUUGAAAUCUCUGGACGUGGAAUUCGGUGGAAAUAAAACGUUAUAUUUGAAAGUGGACGUAUCGGAUGCGAAGAGCGUCGAAGAUGCGUUCAAGAAAACCAUCGAUCGUUUCGGCAAUCUGGACAUCGUCGUCAACAACGCCGGCGUCUUGAAGCAAGAUGACAUCGAUGCAACAGUUCAAAUCAAUUUGCUGGCCACCAUUCGUAUUUCGAAUUUGGCGUUUUUCAAUUAUCUGCCAAAGUACAAGAGCGGAUCGGAAGGUGUGAUCGUGAAUAUAGCCUCGAUCGCAGGAUUAGUGCCCAUGGAAUCGACGCCCGUCUACGCUGCGACCAAAUUCGGGGUCGUCAGUUAUACUCAAUCGAUGGGCACCGAAUCGCACUACAAGAACUUCCCCGUCAGGUUGAUGGCCAUCUGCCCGAGUGCCACCGAUACACCGAUAGUCAAUAAUAUCAAUGAUUACUUCAAGAAUCUAAUCGACAUGAGCAAGAUGAAAAUGCAACCGCCCGAAGCAGUUGGAGAAGCCCUCGCAAAGGUCCUUGCCGAAGGGGAGAACGGAUCCGUUUGGGUAUCAAAGGACAACUUGCCAGCCAUCGAGUACAAAUAUAAAACCGAAAUACUGCCACUCGUCGAGAAGUACGUGUGGCUGUAAUUUAUGUAUUUGUGUGUUAUCACACAACAAUUAUUCCAUUAUUAUUGUUUUACACACGGUGAUGUGGAAAUUAAUUUGCAUAUACAAUAGAUGAGUUGCUAAAUUUGUUAUCUAUUUAAUGUAAAAUAUAACCAAGAGAAAAACAAAUAAAAAAUGCAGGUUUUAUUGCAUUAUUUAACGCAAAUCAUGAACACACAGUAUUAACAAGAAUUAGAUGUGGUAAUUGUGACCGCCACUCCACCUCAG